GAGCUGCGGCCGGUAUAAAGCGGGCGGAGCGCAGGCGGCGCUGCUCAUAGUCACUAUGCUGAGGCUACCGGGGCUGCUCCUGCUGCUCAGCCUGGGCAGCGUCUGCUGCCCUCCGGGGGCCCUCUCCGCCCUGCCCCUGGCCUCCCGGCGGGGCCCCCCGGGGAGAGCUCAGCCCCGCCCCACCGCUCUCUACCAGACCCGCUACUUCCCCCAGAAGAUUGAUCAUUUUGGAUUUGAGCAAGAUCUUACAUUCCAACAGCGGUACCUAGUAGCAGAUCAGCAUUGGAGAAAAGACAAUGGAUCAAUUCUCUUCUACACUGGCAAUGAAGGCGAUAUCACCUGGUUUUGCAAUAAUACGGGUUUUAUGUGGGAUGUGGCAGAAGAGCUUAAUGCCAUGUUAAUAUUUGCUGAACACAGAUACUACGGAGAAUCCUUGCCCUUCGGAAAUAAGUCUUACAGCGAUUCCAAACACCUGAAUUACUUGACGUCGGAACAAGCUCUGGCAGACUUUGCGAUACUAAUUCAGCACUUAAAGGAGACAAUUCCAGGAGCCCUAAAUGCCCCUGUGAUUGCCAUAGGGGGUUCCUAUGGAGGGAUGCUUGCAGCCUGGUUUAGAAUGAAAUACCCUCAUGUGGUGGUUGGAGCUCUUGCAGCCUCUGCCCCAAUCUGGCAGUUUGAGGAUUUGGUACCCUGUGGCACUUUCUACAGUAUAGUGACAAAUGAUUUCAAAAAGAGCGGGCAGUGCUGCUCAGAGAGCAUCCUGAAUUCCUGGGGGGCCAUUAACCGCAUCUCCUCCACAGAUGAAGGUUUGAAGUGGCUUUCCAGCGCAUUUCACUUAUGCAGCCCAUUAAAAAGCAAGCAAGAUGCUGCUGUGUUGAAAGCUUGGCUAAGUGAAACAUGGGUAAAUUUGGCAAUGGUGAACUAUCCGUAUAAAGCUGAUUUCUUACAGCCCCUGCCAGCUUGGCCCGUUCAGGUAGUUUGCAAGUUCUUGAAGAAUCCCAAACUGCCAGACAAAUUAUUGCUACAGAAUGUUUUCCAGGCAGUAAAUGUCUACUACAACUACUCAGGAGCUGCAUCGUGCCUUAACACGUCUCAGAGUGCCACAAGAAAUCUUGGGCUGACGGGCUGGUACUAUCAGGCUUGCACAGAAAUGGUGAUGCCCAUGUGCACAGAUGGUGUCAAUGACAUGUUUGAGACUAGGAAAUGGAACUUCCAUGUCUUCUCUGAAGAAUGCUUCAAACUGUGGAAAGUGAGGCCUCGCCCUCACUGGAUUCCUUCUGUGUAUGGAGGGAAAAACAUCAGUUCACACAGUAACAUCAUCUUCAGCAAUGGCGGAUUGGACCCGUGGUCUGGAGGUGGAGUGACUCGGAACAUCACAGACUCUCUCAUUGCAAUUGUGAUCCCAGAAGGAGCUCAUCACUUGGACCUGCGUGCCAGCAAUCCCGGUGACCCCAAAUCUGUGCUGCAAGCCCGGGCCUUGGAAGUUCAGUACAUGAAGCAAUGGAUUGAAAAGUCCAGGCAUAAGCACUAA